AUGCAGGAGAGGGGGAAAGGGGGCUGGAGUGGGUGGAAAGCAUUUUGGAGAGGGGGAAGGGGGGCUGGAGUGGGUGGAAAGCAUUUUGGAGAGGGGGAAGGGGGGCUGGAGUGGGUGGAAAGCAUGCAGGAGAGGGGGAAGGGGGGCUGGAGUGGGUGGAAAAGCAUGCAGGAGAGGGGGAAGGGGGGCUGGAGUGGGUGGAAAGCAUGCAGGAGAGGGGGAAGGGGGGCUGGAGUGGGUGGAAAGCAUGCAGGAGAGGGGGAAGGGGGGCUGGAGUGGGUGGAAAGCAUGCAGGAGAGGGGGAAGGGGGGCUGGAGUGGGUGGAAAGCAUGCAGGAGAGGGGGAAGGGGGGCUGGAGUGGGUGGAAAGCAUGCAGGAGAGGGGGAAGGGGGGCUGGAGUGGGUGGAAAGCAUGCAGGAGAGAGGGAAGGAGGGCUGGAGUGAGUGGAAAGCAUGCAGGAGAGGGGGAAGGGGGGCUGGAGUGGGUGGAAAGCAUGCAGGAGAGGGGGAAGGGGGGCUGGAGAGAGGGGGAAGGGGGGCUGGAGUGGGUGGAAAGCAUGCAGGAGAGGGGGAAGUGGGGCUGGAGUGGGUGGAGAGCAUGCAGGAGAGGGGGAAUGGGGGCUGGAGUGGGUGGAAAGCAUGCAGGAGAGGGGGAAUGGGGGCUAAGGUGGGUGGAAAGCAUGCAGGAGAGGGGGAAGGGGGGCUGGAGUGGGUGGAAAGCAUGCAGGAGAGGUGGAAGUGGGGCUGGAGUGGGUGGAAAGCAUGCAGGAGAGGGGGAGGGGGGGCUGGAGUGGGUGGAAAGCAUGCAGGAGAGGGGGAAGUGGGGCUGGAGUGGGUGGAAAGCAUGCAGGAGAGGGGGAAGGGGGGCUGGAGUGGGUGGAAAUCAUUUUGGAGAGGGGGAAGGGGGGCUGGAGUGGGUGGGUGGAAAGCAUGCAGGAGAGGGGGAAGGGGGGCUGGAGUGGGUGGAAAGCAUGCAGGAGAGGGGGAAGUGGGGCUGGAGUGGGUGGAAAGCAUGCAGGAGAGGGGGAAGGGGGGCUGGAGUGGGUGGAAAGCAUGCAGGAGAGGGGGAAGGGGGGCUGGAGUGGGUGGAAAGCAUGCAGGAGAGGGGGAAAGGGGGCUGGAGUGGGUGGAAAGCAUUUUGGAGAGGGGGAAGGGGGGCUGGAGUGGGUGGAAAGCAUUUUGGAGAGGGGGAAGGGGGGCUGGAGUGGGUGGAAAGCAUGCAGGAGAGGGGGAAGGGGGGCUGGAGUGGGUGGAAAAGCAUGCAGGAGAGGGGGAAGGGGGGCUGGAGUGGGUGGAAAGCAUGCAGGAGAGGGGGAAGGGGGGCUGGAGUGGGUGGAAAGCAUGCAGGAGAGGGGGAAGGGGGGCUGGAGUGGGUGGAAAGCAUGCAGGAGAGGGGGAAGGGGGGCUGGAGUGGGUGGAAAGCAUGCAGGAGAGGGGGAAGGGGGGCUGGAGUGGGUGGAAAGCAUGCAGGAGAGGGGGAAGGGGGGCUGGAGUGGGUGGAAAUCAUUUUGGAGAGGGGGAAGGGGGGCUGGAGUGGGUGGAAAGCAUGCAGGAGAGGGGGAAAGGGGGCUGGAGUGGGUGGAAAGCAUGCAGGAGAGGGGGAAUGGGGGCUAAGGUGGGUGGAAAGCAUGCAGGAGAGGGGGAAGGGGGGCUGGAGUGGGUGGAAAGCAUGCAGGAGAGGGGGAAGUGGGGCUGGAGUGGGUGGAAAGCAUGCAGGAGAGGGGGAAGGGGGGCUGGAGUGGGUGGAAAGCAUGCAGGAGAGGGGGAAGGGGGGCUGGAGUGGGUGGAAAGCAUGCAGGAGAGGGGGAAAGGGGGCUGGAGUGGGUGGAAAGCAUUUUGGAGAGGGGGAAGGGGGGCUGGAGUGGGUGGAAAGCAUUUUGGAGAGGGGGAAGGGGGGCUGGAGUGGGUGGAAAGCAUGCAGGAGAGGGGGAAGGGGGGCUGGAGUGGGUGGAAAAGCAUGCAGGAGAGGGGGAAGGGGGGCUGGAGUGGGUGGAAAGCAUGCAGGAGAGGGGGAAGGGGGGCUGGAGUGGGUGGAAAGCAUGCAGGAGAGGGGGAAGGGGGGCUGGAGUGGGUGGAAAGCAUGCAGGAGAGGGGGAAGGGGGGCUGGAGUGGGUGGAAAGCAUGCAGGAGAGGGGGAAGGGGGGCUGGAGUGGGUGGAAAGCAUGCAGGAGAGGGGGAAGGGGGGCUGGAGUGGGUGGAAAGCAUGCAGGAGAGAGGGAAGGAGGGCUGGAGUGAGUGGAAAGCAUGCAGGAGAGGGGGAAGGGGGGCUGGAGUGGGUGGAAAGCAUGCAGGAGAGGGGGAAGGGGGGCUGGAGUGGGUGGAAAGCAUGCAGGAGAGGGGGAAGGGGGGCUGGAGUGGGUGGAAAGCAUGCAGGAGAGGGGGAAAGGGGGCUGGAGUGGGUGGAAAGCAUUUUGGAGAGGGGGAAGGGGGGCUGGAGUGGGUGGAAAGCAUUUUGGAGAGGGGGAAGGGGGGCUGGAGUGGGUGGAAAGCAUGCAGGAGAGGGGGAAGGGGGGCUGGAGUGGGUGGAAAAGCAUGCAGGAGAGGGGGAAGGGGGGCUGGAGUGGGUGGAAAGCAUUUUGGAGAGGGGGAAGGGGGGCUGGAGUGGGUGGAAAGCAUGCAGGAGAGGGGGAAGGGGGGCUGGAGUGGAUGGAAAGCAUGCAGGAGAGAGGGAAGGAGGGCUGGAGUGAGUGGAAAGCAUGCAGGAGAGGGGGAAGGGGGGCUGGAGUGGGUGGAAAGCAUGCAGGAGAGGGGGAAGUGGGGCUGGAGUGGGUGGAAAGCAUGCAGGAGAGGGGGAAGGGGGGCUGGAGUGGGUGGAAAUCAUUUUGGAGAGGGGGAAGGGGGGCUGGAGUGGGUGGAAAGCAUGCAGGAGAGGGGGAAAGGGGGCUGGAGUGGGUGGAAAGCAUGCAGGAGAGGGGGAAUGGGGGCUAAGGUGGGUGGAAAGCAUGCAGGAGAGGGGGAAGGGGGGCUGGAGUGGGUGGAAAGCAUGCAGGAGAGGGGGAAGUGGGGCUGGAGUGGGUGGAAAGCAUGCAGGAGAGGGGGAAGGGGGGCUGGAGUGGGUGGAAAGCAUGCAGGAGAGGGGGAAGGGGGGCUGGAGUGGGUGGAAAGCAUGCAGGAGAGGGGGAAAGGGGGCUGGAGUGGGUGGAAAGCAUUUUGGAGAGGGGGAAGGGGGGCUGGAGUGGGUGGAAAGCAUUUUGGAGAGGGGGAAGGGGGGCUGGAGUGGGUGGAAAGCAUGCAGGAGAGGGGGAAGGGGGGCUGGAGUGGGUGGAAAAGCAUGCAGGAGAGGGGGAAGGGGGGCUGGAGUGGGUGGAAAGCAUGCAGGAGAGGGGGAAGGGGGGCUGGAGUGGGUGGAAAGCAUGCAGGAGAGGGGGAAGGGGGGCUGGAGUGGGUGGAAAGCAUGCAGGAGAGGGGGAAGGGGGGCUGGAGUGGGUGGAAAGCAUGCAGGAGAGGGGGAAGGGGGGCUGGAGUGGGUGGAAAGCAUGCAGGAGAGGGGGAAGGGGGGCUGGAGUGGGUGGAAAGCAUGCAGGAGAGAGGGAAGGAGGGCUGGAGUGAGUGGAAAGCAUGCAGGAGAGGGGGAAGGGGGGCUGGAGUGGGUGGAAAGCAUGCAGGAGAGGGGGAAGGGGGGCUGGAGUGGGUGGAAAGCAUGCAGGAGAGGGGGAAGGGGGGCUGGAGUGGGUGGAAAGCAUGCAGGAGAGGGGGAAAGGGGGCUGGAGUGGGUGGAAAGCAUUUUGGAGAGGGGGAAGGGGGGCUGGAGUGGGUGGAAAGCAUUUUGGAGAGGGGGAAGGGGGGCUGGAGUGGGUGGAAAGCAUGCAGGAGAGGGGGAAGGGGGGCUGGAGUGGGUGGAAAAGCAUGCAGGAGAGGGGGAAGGGGGGCUGGAGUGGGUGGAAAGCAUUUUGGAGAGGGGGAAGGGGGGCUGGAGUGGGUGGAAAGCAUGCAGGAGAGGGGGAAGGGGGGCUGGAGUGGAUGGAAAGCAUGCAGGAGAGAGGGAAGGAGGGCUGGAGUGAGUGGAAAGCAUGCAGGAGAGGGGGAAGGGGGGCUGGAGUGGGUGGAAAGCAUGCAGGAGAGGGGGAAGGGGGGCUGGAGUGAGUGGAAAGCAUUUUGGAGAGGGGGAAGGGGGGCUGGAGUGGGUGGAAAGCAUGCAGGAGAGGGGGAAGUGCGGCUGGAGAGAGGGGGAAGGGGGGCUGGAGUGGGUGGAAAGCAUGCAGGAGAGGUGGAAGUGGGGCUGGAGUGGGUGGAAAGCAUGCAGGAGAGGGGGAAGUGGGGCUGGAGUGGGUGGAAAGCAUGCAGGAGAGGGGGAAGGGGGGCUGGAGUGGGUGGAAAUCAUUUUGGAGAGGGGGAAGGGGGGCUGGAGUGGGUGGAAAGCAUGCAGGAGAGGGGGAAAGGGGGCUGGAGUGGGUGGAAAGCAUGCAGGAGAGGGGGAAUGGGGGCUAAGGUGGGUGGAAAGCAUGCAGGAGAGGGGGAAGGGGGGCUGGAGUGGGUGGAAAGCAUGCAGGAGAGGGGGAAGUGGGGCUGGAGUGGGUGGAAAGCAUGCAGGAGAGGGGGAAGGGGGGCUGGAGUGGGUGGAAAGCAUGCAGGAGAGGGGGAAGUGGGGCUGGAGUGGGUGGAAAGCAUGCAGGAGAGGGGGAAGUGGGGCUGGAGUGGGUGGAAAGCAUGCAGGAGAGGGGGAAGUGGGGCUGGAGUGGGUGGAAAGCAUGCAGGAGAGGGGGAAGGGGGGCUAAAGUGGGUGGAAAGCAUGCAGGAGAGGGGGAAGUGGGGCUGGAGUGGUUGGAAAGCAUGCAGGAGAGGGGGAAUGGGGGCUGGAGUGGGUGGAAAGCAUGCAGGAGAGGGGGAAGGGGGGCUAAAGUGGGUGGAAAGCAUGCAGGAGAGGGGGAAGGGGGGCUGGAGUGGGUGGAAAGCAUGCAGGAGAGGGGGAAGUGCGGCUGGAGUGAGUGGAAAGCAUGCAGGAGAGGGGGAAGGGGGGCUGGACUGGAGUGGGUGGAAAGCAUGCAGGAGAGGGGGAAGGGGGGCUGGAGUGGGUGGAAAGCAUGCAGGAGAGGGGGAAGUAGGGCUGGAGUGGGUGGAAAGCAUGCAGGAGAGGGGGAAUGGGGGCUGGAGUGGGUGGAAAGCAUGCAGGAGAGGGGGAAUGGGGGCUAAGGUGGGUGGAAAGCAUGCAGGAGAGGGGGAAGGGGGGCUGGAGUGGGUGGAAAGCAUGCAGGAGAGGGGGAAGUGGGGCUGGAGUGGGUGGAAAGCAUGCAGGAGAGGGGGAAGGGGGGCUGGAGUGGGUGGAAAGCAUGCAGGAGAGGGGGAAGUGGGGCUGGAGUGGGUGGAAAGCAUGCAGGAGAGGGGGAAGUGGGGCUGGAGUGGGUGGAAAGCAUGCAGGAGAGGGGGAAGUGGGGCUGGAGUGGGUGGAAAGCAUGCAGGAGAGGGGGAAGGGGGGCUAAAGUGGGUGGAAAGCAUGCAGGAGAGGGGGAAGGGGGGCUGGAGUGGGUGGAAAGCAUGCAGGAGAGGGGGAAGUGCGGCUGGAGUGGGUGGAAAGCAUGCAGGAGAGGGGGAAGGGGGGCUGGAGUGGGUGGAAAGCAUGCAGGAGAGGGGGAAGUGGGGCUGGAGUGGGUGGAAAGCAUGCAGGAGAGGGGGAAGGGGGGCUGGAGUGGGUGGAAAGCAUGCAGGAGAGGGGGAAGUGGGGCUGGAGUGGGUGGAAAGCAUGCAGGAGAGGGGGAAGUGGGGCUGGAGUGGGUGGAAAGCAUGCAGGAGAGGGGGAAGUGGGGCUGGAGUGGGUGGAAAGCAUGCAGGAGAGGGGGAAGGGGGGCUAAAGUGGGUGGAAAGCAUGCAGGAGAGGGGGAAGUGGGGCUGGAGUGGUUGGAAAGCAUGCAGGAGAGGGGGAAUGGGGGCUGGAGUGGGUGGAAAGCAUGCAGGAGAGGGGGAAGGGGGGCUAAAGUGGGUGGAAAGCAUGCAGGAGAGGGGGAAGGGGGGCUGGAGUGGGUGGAAAGCAUGCAGGAGAGGGGGAAGUGCGGCUGGAGUGAGUGGAAAGCAUGCAGGAGAGGGGGAAGGGGGGCUGGACUGGAGUGGGUGGAAAGCAUGCAGGAGAGGGGGAAGGGGGGCUGGAGUGGGUGGAAAGCAUGCAGGAGAGGGGGAAGUAGGGCUGGAGUGGGUGGAAAGCAUGCAGGAGAGGGGGAAUGGGGGCUGGAGUGGGUGGAAAGCAUGCAGGAGAGGGGGAAUGGGGGCUAAGGUGGGUGGAAAGCAUGCAGGAGAGGGGGAAGGGGGGCUGGAGUGGGUGGAAAGCAUGCAGGAGAGGGGGAAGUGGGGCUGGAGUGGGUGGAAAGCAUGCAGGAGAGGGGGAAGGGGGGCUGGAGUGGGUGGAAAGCAUGCAGGAGAGGGGGAAGUGGGGCUGGAGUGGGUGGAAAGCAUGCAGGAGAGGGGGAAGUGGGGCUGGAGUGGGUGGAAAGCAUGCAGGAGAGGGGGAAGUGGGGCUGGAGUGGGUGGAAAGCAUGCAGGAGAGGGGGAAGGGGGGCUAAAGUGGGUGGAAAGCAUGCAGGAGAGGGGGAAGGGGGGCUGGAGUGGGAGAGGGGGAAGUGGGGCUGGAGUGGGUGGAGAGCAUGCAGGAGAGGGGGAAGGGGGGCUGGAGUGGGUGGAAAGCAUGCAGGAGAGGGGGAAGGGGGGCUGGAGUGGGUGGAAAGCAUGCAGGAGAGGGGGAAGGGGGGCUGGAGUGGGUGGAAAGCAUGCAGGAGAGGGGGAAGUGGGGCUGGAGUGGGUUGAGAGCAUGCAGGAGAGGGGGAAGGGGGGCUGGAGUGGGUGGAAAGCAUGCAGGAGAGGGGGAAGGGGGGCUGGAGUGGGUGGAAAGCAUGCAGGAGAGGGGGAAGUGGGGCUGGAGUGGGUGGAGAGCAUGCAGGAGAGGGGGAAGUGGGGCUGGAGUGGGUGGAAAGCAUGCAGGAGAGGGGGAAGGGGGGCUGGAGUGGGUGGAAAGCAUGCAGGAGAGGGGGAAGGGGGGCUGGAGUGGGUGGAAAGCAUGCAGGAGAGGGGGAAGUGGGGCUGGAGUGGGUGGAAAGCAUGCAGGAGAGGAGGAAGUGGGGCUGGAGUGGGUGGAGAGCAUGCAGGAGAGGGGGAAGGGGGGCUGGAGUGGGUGGAACGCAUGCAGGAGAGGGGGAAGGGGGGCUGGAGUGGGUGGAAAGCAUGCAGGAGAGGGGGAAGGGGGGCUGGAGUGGGUGGAAAGCAUGCAGGAGAGGGGGAAGUGGGGCUGGAGUGGGUGGAAAGCAUGCAGGAGAGGGGGAAGGGGGGCUGGAGUGGGUGGAAAGCAUGCAGGAGAGGAGGAAGUGGGGCUGGAGUGGGUGGAGAGCAUGCAGGAGAGGGGGAAGGGGGGCUGGAGUGGGUGGAACGCAUGCAGGAGAGGGGGAAGGGGGGCUGGAGUGGGUGGAAAGCAUGCAGGAGAGGGGGAAGGGGGGCUGGAGUGGGUGGAAAGCAUGCAGGAGAGGGGGAAGUGGGGCUGGAGUGGGUGGAAAGCAUGCAGGAGAGGGGGAAGGGGGGCUGGAGUGGGUGGAAAGCAUUUUGGAGAGGGGGAAGGGGGGCUGGAGUGGGUGGAAAGCAUGCAGGAGAGGGGGAAAGGGGGCUGGAGUGGGUGGAAAGCAUUUUGGAGAGGGGGAAGGGGGGCUGGAGUGGGUGGAAAGCAUUUUGGAGAGGGGGAAGGGGGGCUGGAGUGGGUGGAAAGCAUGCAGGAGAGGGGGAAGGGGGGCUGGAGUGGGUGGAAAAGCAUGCAGGAGAGGGGGAAGGGGGGCUGGAGUGGGUGGAAAGCAUGCAGGAGAGGGGGAAGGGGGGCUGGAGUGGGUGGAAAGCAUGCAGGAGAGGGGGAAGUGCGGCUGGAGUGAGUGGAAAGCAUGCAGGAGAGGGGGAAGGGGGGCUGGAGUGGGUGGAAAGCAUGCAGGAGAGGGGGAAGGGGGCUGGAGUGAGUGGAAAGCAUGCAGGAGAGGGGGAAGGGGUGCUGGAGUGGGUGGAAAGCAUGCAGGAGAGGGGGAAGGGGGGCUGGAGUGGGUGGAAAGCAUGCAGGAGAGGGGGAAGUGGGGCUGGAGUGGGUGGAAAGCAUGCAGGAGAGGGGGAAUGGGGGCUGGAGUGGGUGGAAAGCAUGCAGGAGAGGGGGAAGUGGGGCUGGAGUGGGUGGAAAGCAUGCAGGAGAGGGGGAAGGGGGGCUGGAGUGGGUGGAAAGCAUGCAGGAGAGGGGGAAAGGGGGCUGGAGUGGGUGGAAAGCAUUUUGGAGAGGGGGAAGGGGGGCUGGAGUGGGUGGAAAGCAUUUUGGAGAGGGGGAAGGGGGGCUGGAGUGGGUGGAAAGCAUGCAGGAGAGGGGGAAGGGGGGCUGGAGUGGGUGGAAAAGCAUGCAGGAGAGGGGGAAGGGGGGCUGGAGUGGGUGGAAAGCAUUUUGGAGAGGGGGAAGGGGGGCUGGAGUGGGUGGAAAGCAUGCAGGAGAGGGGGAAGGGGGGCUGGAGUGGAUGGAAAGCAUGCAGGAGAGAGGGAAGGAGGGCUGGAGAGAGGGGGAAGUGCGGCUGGAGUGAGUGGAAAGCAUGCAGGAGAGGGGGAAGGGGGGCUGGAGUGGGUGGAAAGCAUGCAGGAGAGGGGGAAGGGGGGCUGGAGUGGGUGGAAAGCAUGCAGGAGAGGGGGAAGUGGGGCUGGAGUGGGUGGAAAGCAUGAAGGAGAGGGGGAAGGGGGGCUGGAGUGGGUGGAAAGCAUGCAGGAGAGGGGGAAGGGGGGCUGGAGUGGGUGGAAAGCAUGCAGGAGAGGGGGAAGUGGGGCUGGAGUGGGUGGAGAGCAUGCAGGAAAGGGGGAAGGGGGGCUGGAGUGGGUGGAAAGCAUGCAGGAGAGGGGGAAGGGGGGCUGGAGUGGGUGGAAAGCAUGCAGGAGAGGGGGAAGGGGGGCUGGAGUGGGUGGAAAGCAUGCAGGAGAGGGGGAAGUAGGGCUGGAGUGGGUGGAAAGCAUGCAGGAGAGGGGGAAUGGGGGCUGGAGUGGGUGGAAAGCAUGCAGGAGAGGGGGAAUGGGGGCUAAGGUGGGUGGAAAGCAUGCAGGAGAGGGGGAAGGGGGGCUGGAGUGGGUGGAAAGCAUGCAGGAGAGGGGGAAGUGGGGCUGGAGUGGGUGGAAAGCAUGCAGGAGAGGGGGAAGGGGGGCUGGAGUGGGUGGAAAGCAUGCAGGAGAGGGGGAAGUGGGGCUGGAGUGGGUGGAAAGCAUGCAGGAGAGGGGGAAGUGGGGCUGGAGUGGGUGGAAAGCAUGCAGGAGAGGGGGAAGUGGGGCUGGAGUGGGUGGAAAGCAUUUUGGAGAGGGGGAAGGGGGGCUGGAGUGGGUGGAAAGCAUGCAGGAGAGGGGGAAAGGGGGCUGGAGUGGGUGGAAAGCAUUUUGGAGAGGGGGAAGGGGGGCUGGAGUGGGUGGAAAGCAUUUUGGAGAGGGGGAAGGGGGGCUGGAGUGGGUGGAAAGCAUGCAGGAGAGGGGGAAGUGGGGCUGGAGUGGGUGGAAAGCAUGCAGGAGAGGGGGAAGGGGGGCUGGAGUGGGUGGAAAGCAUGCAGGAGAGGGGGAAGUGGGGCUGGAGUGGGUGGAAAGCAUGCAGGAGAGGGGGAAGUGGGGCUGGAGUGGGUGGAAAGCAUGCAGGAGAGGGGGAAGGGGGGCUAAAGUGGGUGGAAAGCAUGCAGGAGAGGGGGAAGGGGGGCUGGAGUGGGUGGAAAGCAUGCAGGAGAGGGGGAAGUGCGGCUGGAGUGAGUGGAAAGCAUGCAGGAGAGGGGGAAGGGGGGCUGGAGUGGGUGGAAAGCAUGCAGGAGAGGGGGAAGUGGGGCUGGAGUGGGUGGAGAGCAUGCAUGAGAGGGGGAAGGGGGGCUGGAGUGGGUGGAAAGCAUGCAGGAGAGGGGGAAGGGGGGCUGGAGUGGGUGGAAAGCAUGCAGGAGAGGGGGAAGGGGGGCUGGAGUGGGUGGAAAGCAUGCAGGAGAGGGGGAAGUGGGGCUGGAGUGGGUGGAGAGCAUGCAGGAGAGGGGGAAGGGGGGCUGGAGUGGGUGGAAAGCAUUUUGGAGAGGGGGAAGGGGGGCUGGAGUGGGUGGAAAGCAUGCAGGAGAGGGGGAAGGGGGGCUGGAGUGGGUGGAAAGCAUGCAGGAGAGGGGGAAGUGCGGCUGGAGUGAGUGGAAAGCAUGCAGGAGAGGGGGAAGGGGGGCUGGAGUGGGUGGAAAGCGUGCAGGAGAGGGGGAAGUGGGGCUGGAGUGGGUGGAGAGCAUGCAGGAGAGGGGGAAGGGGGGCUGGAGUGGGUGGAAAGCAUGCAGGAGAGGGGGAAGGGGGGCUGGAGUGGGUGGAAAGCAUGCAGGAGAGGGGGAAGGGGGGCUGGAGUGGGUGGAAAGCAUGCAGGAGAGGGGGAAGUGGGGCUGGAGUGGGUGGAGAGCAUGCAGGAGAGGGGGAAGGAGGGCUGGAGUGGGUGGAAAGCAUGCAGGAGAGGGGGAAGGGGGGCUGGAGUGGGUGGAAAGCAUGCAGGAGAGGGAGAAGGGGGGCUGGAGUGGGUGGAAAGCAUGCAGGAGAGGGGGAAGUGGGGCUGGAGUGGGUGGAAAGCAUGCAGGAGAGGGGGAAGGGGGGCUGGAGUGGGUGGAAAGCAUUUUGGAGAGGGGGAAGGGGGGCUGGAGUGGGUGGAAAGCAUGCAGGAGAGGGGGAAAGGGGGCUGGAGUGGGUGGAAAGCAUUUUGGAGAGGGGGAAGGGGGGCUGGAGUGGGUGGAAAGCAUUUUGGAGAGGGGGAAGGGGGGCUGGAGUGGGUGGAAAGCAUGCAGGAGAGGGGGAAGGGGGGCUGGAGUGGGUGGAAAAGCAUGCAGGAGAGGGGGAAGGGGGGCUGGAGUGGGUGGAAAGCAUGCAGGAGAGGGGGAAGGGGGGCUGGAGUGGGUGGAAAGCAUGCAGGAGAGGGGGAAGUGCGGCUGGAGUGAGUGGAAAGCAUGCAGGAGAGGGGGAAGGGGGGCUGGAGUGGGUGGAAAGCAUGCAGGAGAGGGGGAAGGGGGGCUGGAGUGGGUGGAAAGCAUGCAGGAGAGGGGGAAGUGGGGCUGGAGUGGGUGGAAAGCAUGAAGGAGAGGGGGAAGGGGGGCUGGAGUGGGUGGAAAGCAUGCAGGAGAGGGGGAAGGGGGGCUGGAGUGGGUGGAAAGCAUGCAGGAGAGGGGGAAGUGGGGCUGGAGUGGGUGGAGAGCAUGCAGGAAAGGGGGAAGGGGGGCUGGAGUGGGUGGAAAGCAUGCAGGAGAGGGGGAAGGGGGGCUGGAGUGGGUGGAAAGCAUGCAGGAGAGGGGGAAGGGGGGCUGGAGUGGGUGGAAAGCAUGCAGGAGAGGGGGAAGUAGGGCUGGAGUGGGUGGAAAGCAUGCAGGAGAGGGGGAAUGGGGGCUGGAGUGGGUGGAAAGCAUGCAGGAGAGGGGGAAUGGGGGCUAAGGUGGGUGGAAAGCAUGCAGGAGAGGGGGAAGGGGGGCUGGAGUGGGUGGAAAGCAUGCAGGAGAGGGGGAAGUGGGGCUGGAGUGGGUGGAAAGCAUGCAGGAGAGGGGGAAGGGGGGCUGGAGUGGGUGGAAAGCAUGCAGGAGAGGGGGAAGUGGGGCUGGAGUGGGUGGAAAGCAUGCAGGAGAGGGGGAAGUGGGGCUGGAGUGGGUGGAAAGCAUGCAGGAGAGGGGGAAGUGGGGCUGGAGUGGGUGGAAAGCAUUUUGGAGAGGGGGAAGGGGGGCUGGAGUGGGUGGAAAGCAUGCAGGAGAGGGGGAAAGGGGGCUGGAGUGGGUGGAAAGCAUUUUGGAGAGGGGGAAGGGGGGCUGGAGUGGGUGGAAAGCAUUUUGGAGAGGGGGAAGGGGGGCUGGAGUGGGUGGAAAGCAUGCAGGAGAGGGGGAAGUGGGGCUGGAGUGGGUGGAAAGCAUGCAGGAGAGGGGGAAGGGGGGCUGGAGUGGGUGGAAAGCAUGCAGGAGAGGGGGAAGUGGGGCUGGAGUGGGUGGAAAGCAUGCAGGAGAGGGGGAAGUGGGGCUGGAGUGGGUGGAAAGCAUGCAGGAGAGGGGGAAGGGGGGCUAAAGUGGGUGGAAAGCAUGCAGGAGAGGGGGAAGGGGGGCUGGAGUGGGUGGAAAGCAUGCAGGAGAGGGGGAAGUGCGGCUGGAGUGAGUGGAAAGCAUGCAGGAGAGGGGGAAGGGGGGCUGGAGUGGGUGGAAAGCAUGCAGGAGAGGGGGAAGUGGGGCUGGAGUGGGUGGAGAGCAUGCAUGAGAGGGGGAAGGGGGGCUGGAGUGGGUGGAAAGCAUGCAGGAGAGGGGGAAGGGGGGCUGGAGUGGGUGGAAAGCAUGCAGGAGAGGGGGAAGGGGGGCUGGAGUGGGUGGAAAGCAUGCAGGAGAGGGGGAAGUGGGGCUGGAGUGGGUGGAGAGCAUGCAGGAGAGGGGGAAGGGGGGCUGGAGUGGGUGGAAAGCAUUUUGGAGAGGGGGAAGGGGGGCUGGAGUGGGUGGAAAGCAUGCAGGAGAGGGGGAAGGGGGGCUGGAGUGGGUGGAAAGCAUGCAGGAGAGGGGGAAGUGCGGCUGGAGUGAGUGGAAAGCAUGCAGGAGAGGGGGAAGGGGGGCUGGAGUGGGUGGAAAGCGUGCAGGAGAGGGGGAAGUGGGGCUGGAGUGGGUGGAGAGCAUGCAGGAGAGGGGGAAGGGGGGCUGGAGUGGGUGGAAAGCAUGCAGGAGAGGGGGAAGGGGGGCUGGAGUGGGUGGAAAGCAUGCAGGAGAGGGGGAAGGGGGGCUGGAGUGGGUGGAAAGCAUGCAGGAGAGGGGGAAGUGGGGCUGGAGUGGGUGGAGAGCAUGCAGGAGAGGGGGAAGGAGGGCUGGAGUGGGUGGAAAGCAUGCAGGAGAGGGGGAAGGGGGGCUGGAGUGGGUGGAAAGCAUGCAGGAGAGGGAGAAGGGGGGCUGGAGUGGGUGGAAAGCAUGCAGGAGAGGGGGAAGUGGGGCUGGAGUGGGUGGAAAGCAUGCAGGAGAGGGGGAAGGGGGGCUGGAGUGGGUGGAAAGCAUUUUGGAGAGGGGGAAGGGGGGCUGGAGUGGGUGGAAAGCAUGCAGGAGAGGGGGAAAGGGGGCUGGAGUGGGUGGAAAGCAUUUUGGAGAGGGGGAAGGGGGGCUGGAGUGGGUGGAAAGCAUUUUGGAGAGGGGGAAGGGGGGCUGGAGUGGGUGGAAAGCAUGCAGGAGAGGGGGAAGGGGGGCUGGAGUGGGUGGAAAAGCAUGCAGGAGAGGGGGAAGGGGGGCUGGAGUGGGUGGAAAGCAUGCAGGAGAGGGGGAAGGGGGGCUGGAGUGGGAGAGGGGGAAGGGGGGCUGGAGUGAGUAGAAAGCAUGCAGGAGAGGGGGAAGGGGGGCUGGAGUGGGUGGAGAGCAUGCAGGAGAGGGGGAAGGGGGGCUGGAGUGGGUGGAAAGCAUGCAGGAGAGGGGGAAGUGGGGCUGGAGUGGGUGGAAAGCAUGCAGGAGAGGGGGAAUGGGGGCUGGAGUGGGUGGAAAGCAUGCAGGAGAGGGGGAAGUGGGGCUGGAGUGGGUGGAAAGCAUGCAGGAGAGGGGGAAGGGGGGCUGGAGUGGGUGGAAAGCAUGCAGGAGAGGGGGAAAGGGGGCUGGAGUGGGUGGAAAGCAUUUUGGAGAGGGGGAAGGGGGGCUGGAGUGGGUGGAAAGCAUCUUGGAGAGGGGGAACGGGGGCUGGAGUGGGUGGAAAGCAUGCAGGAGAGGGGGAAGGGGGGCUGGAGUGGGUGGAAAAGCAUGCAGGAGAGGGGGAAGGGGGGCUGGAGUGGGUGGAAAGCAUUUUGGAGAGGGGGAAGGGGGGCUGGAGUGGGUGGAAAGCAUCUUGGAGAGGGGGAACGGGGGCUGGAGUGGGUGGAAAGCAUGCAGGAGAGGGGGAAGGGGGGCUGGAGUGGGUGGAAAGCAUGCAGGAGAGGGGGAAGGGGGGCUGGAGUGAGUGGAAAGCAUGCAGGAGAGGGGGAAGGGGGGCUGGAGUGAGUGGAAAGCAUGCAGGAGAGGGGGAAGGGGGGCUGGAGUGGGUGGAAAGCAUGCAGGAGAGGGGGAAGUGCGGCUGGAGUGAGUGGAAAGCAUGCAGGAGAGGGGGAAGUGGGGCUGGAGUGGGUGGAAAGCAUGCAGGAGAGGGGGAAUGA